GAUAUUCGUGCUGGGCAUUGGCUUUUUCACCCUGUGCUUCCUGAUGACGUCGCUGGGCGGGCAGUUCUCAGCCAAGCGCCUGGGGGACUCGCCCUUCACCAUCCGCACCGAAGUGAUGGGCGCGCUGGAGUCCCGAGGGGUGCUGCGGAGAAUGAGCGACAUGCUGGAGAUGCUGAUGAAGAGGAUGGACAUCCUGGCCAGGCUGGAGAACAGCACCGACUUCCACAAAGGGGACGAAGCACGGUUCCCUCUGGACAGGUUCCAGCCAGCAGCUGGGUUGAUGGAGAGGAUCCAAGCUAUAGCCCAAAAUGUCUCGGACAUUGCGGUAAAAGUAGAUCAGAUUCUCCGGAACAGCCUCCUGAAUGGGAAAGUGAUGGAAGGCAGGAGGGACCAGUGUGAUGUGCCCAGGGACCCCAAGUACCCUGACUGUGCUGGGAAAGUAGAGUGGAUGAGGGCCAGGUGGACCUCCGACCCCUGCUACGCAUUUUUCGGCGUGGAUGGCACCGAGUGCUCGUUCCUCAUCUACCUCAGCGAAGUGGAGUGGUUCUGCCCUGCCCUGCCCUGGAGGAACCGCACGGGGGCUCUGCCCUCCCCCCCGCCGCCGCCCCGCCCCCAGGCAGCUUUCCGGAGGGACCUGGCUCACCUCCUGGAGCUGAUUGGCACGGGCAAGGAGUCCCUCAGCUUCAUGAAGAAGAGGAUCCGGCACUUGGCCCAGCAGUGGCUGCGGGCGGCUCGGCGCCUGGAGCAGAAGCUGAAGGACAGGCAAAGGGACCAGAAACACAUCUUGAUCCAUAUUGGCUUCCUGACAGAGGAGUCGGGGGAUGUUUUCAGUCCACGGGUGCUGAAGGGGGGCCCGUUGGGUGAGAUGGUGCAGUGGGCUGACAUCCUGGCUGCCCUCUUCCUCCUGGGACACAGCCUGAGGGUCACGGUCUCCCUGAAGGAGCUGCAGAGUCACUUAGGGGUGCCGCCAGGACGGGGGAACUGUCCCUUGACCAGUCCUCUGCCUUUCGACCUGAUUUACACCGACUACCACGGUCUCCAGCAGAUGAAGCAGCACAUGGGUCUCUCCUUUAAGAAAUACAGGUGCCGCGUCCGGGUCAUCGACACCUUUGGGACGGAGCCGGCGUACAACCACGAGGAGUACGCCACGCUGCGCGGCUACCGCACCAACUGGGGCUACUGGAACCUGCAGCCCGCCCAGUUCAUGACCAUGUUCCCUCACACCCCUGACAACUCCUUCAUGGGCUUCGUGUCAGAGGAGCUCAACAAGACGGAGAGGCAACUCAUCAAGUCCAACAAAGUGAGCAGCAUGGCAGUGGUGUACGGGAAGGAGGCCAGCAUCUGGAAGGGCAAGGAGAAGUUCCUGGCCAUCCUCAACAAGUACAUGGAGAUCCACGGCACGGUCUACUACGAGACGCAGCGGCCGCCCGAGGUGCCGCCCUUCGUCAAGAACCACGGGCUGCUGCCACAGCAGGAGUUCCAGCAGCUCCUGAGGAAGGCGAAGCUCUUCAUCGGCUUUGGGUUCCCCUACGAGGGCCCUGCCCCGCUGGAGGCCAUCGCCAACGGCUGCGUGUUCCUGCAGGCGCGUUUCAGCCCCCCACACAGCUCCCUCAACCACGAGUUCUUCCGCGGCAAGCCCACCUCCAGAGAGGUGUCCUCCCAACACCCGUAUGCUGAAGACUUCAUCGGGAAGCCACACGUGUGGACUGUCGACUACAAUAACUCUGAAGAGUUUGAAGCUGCUAUCAAAACCAUCAUGAGGACCCAGGUGGACCCUUACCUGCCUUAUGAGUACACCUCCGAGGGGAUGCUGGAGCGGAUCCACGCCUACAUUCAGCACCAG